AACCGCCUACCUCAACACAUGAUAUAGGAGCAUUGAGAGGUGCUGAAAGAUACGCAUACCCUUGUCAUUGCCGAUCUAAGGUUUUUGAGUGCAAGUUUUGAACCGACAUGGAGGCGGAACUGCAAUCUCAGAUUCCUGGCCUCGACCAUGUGAUCACUGAGUACUCCGUCGGUUAUUUGACUCACGCGUCAAGGGCCUAUGUUGAAGAUGCGAAUGCUCCAUCUCCGGUGGCAGAAGCCGCUGACAUGGUCACGGAGCUGUUAGUUUCUGCCUCUGGGGACUUCUCCGCUCAAAAUGAAGAGGCCAUUCGCAAUCUCGUAGAGAAGUUCAUUUCUUCCCUUAGUGCUUCCGAUGGCGUCGAUGCGGAGCGCAGGCAAAUGCCCUUUGCCGCCAAGAAGCUCGACCAGGCUAUUAAUGUUGGGUCUCAGCGAAACAUGUCCUCUACUCUGGGUCUUGCUGGAGGAAAUGUUGACCUCGAGUCUGUUGGUACGCGCAAGAUGGAAUCUCGCGUCGACCGCAAGAAGCUGGAGAAGGCGGAACGCAAGAUCCGUGCCAAACAGGAAAAGAAGCAGAUGAAAACGGUGCAAUAUGAAGCAUCUCGUCUGCUUAACGAGCCCGAUGCAACCAUGUCGUACGAAGAGUUCUUCAUGGCUGUCAAUCCCCUUCAACUGGGCUCCGACUCCCAGGCAAAGAGCAAGGAUAUCAAACUCGAAGGCAUUGAUAUCUCAGUUGGUGGCCACCGCAUUCUUUCAGAAGCCUCCCUUACGCUGGCUUACGGCCGUCGAUAUGGUCUUGUUGGUCAGAACGGUAUCGGUAAGAGUACUCUGCUCCGCGCUUUGAGUCGCAGAGAAGUAGCCAUUCCAAGCCAUAUUUCGAUUCUCCAUGUUGAACAGGAGAUUACUGGUGAUGACACUCCUGCCCUUCAAGCGGUGUUGGAUGCGGAUGUGUGGCGCAAGCGGCUACUUGCGGACCAAGAGAAAAUCUCAAAACAACUCGCAGCCAUUGAAGCGGAGCGAUCUUCAAUGGCAGAUACGUCUACAGACGCAGCUAGGCUCGAUCAUGAGCGAGAGGGACUCGAUAUCACGCUGAACGAUAUCCAUUCGAAGCUUGCAGAAAUGGAGUCGGACAAGGCCGAAUCCCGAGCAGCCAGCAUUCUGGCUGGUCUGGGUUUCUCCCCUGAACGCCAACAGUAUGCUACCAGGACAUUCUCUGGUGGUUGGCGCAUGCGUCUGGCUCUGGCUAGAGCUCUGUUUUGCGAGCCCGAUUUGCUCCUUUUAGACGAACCUUCCAACAUGUUGGAUGUGCCGUCUAUCACCUUUUUAUCAAAUUACCUCCAAGGAUAUCCAAGCACUGUUCUAGUUGUUUCUCACGACAGAGCGUUUUUGAAUGAGGUUGCCACUGAUAUCGUCCAUCAACACUCUGAACGAUUAGACUAUUACAAAGGAGCCAACUUCGACUCCUUCUACGCAACCAAGGAGGAAAGGAAGAAACAGGCUAAACGCGAGUAUGAGAAGCAAAUGGCUGAACGUGCGCAUCUGCAAGCGUUCAUUGAUAAAUUCCGUUACAAUGCUGCCAAAUCGUCCGAGGCCCAAUCAAGAAUCAAGAAGCUGGAGAGGAUGCCCGUAUUGACACCACCGGAAAGCGACUAUGUUGUGCACUUCAAAUUCCCCGAAGUAGAGAAGCUCUCUCCGCCAAUUGUGCAGAUGACCGAAGUUGCGUUCGGAUACACGAAAGACAAGCUUCUGCUGAAGAAUGUUGACCUUGAUGUUCAACUCGACUCGCGUAUCGGUAUCGUUGGGCCGAACGGUGCUGGUAAAACCACGGUGCUCAAAUUGCUCACUGGGCAGCUUGAACCUACUUCCGGUCUCAUGUCACAGCAUCCACGGUUGCGCAUCGGCUACUUUGCGCAGCACCACGUCGACGCUCUGGAUUUGACGACCAGUGCUGUGAGCUUCAUGGCCAAAACAUAUCCUGGGAAAACAGAUGAGGAGUACCGUCGGCACCUUGGAGCAUUUGGUAUCACCGGUAUGACCGGCCUCCAGCGCAUGGAGUUGCUCUCUGGAGGUCAAAAGUCUCGUGUUGCUUUCGCCUGCUUGUCAUUAACAAAUCCACACAUCCUUGUUCUCGACGAGCCCUCUAACCAUUUGGAUAUUGAAGGUAUGGACGCACUGUCUGAGGCGCUGCAGAAGUUUGAAGGAGGUGUUGUGAUGGUGUCUCACGAUGUGACAAUGUUGCGGAAUGUCUGCACCAGUCUCUGGGUCUGCGACAAGGGAACAGUGCAGAAGUUCGACGGCACUGUUGACGCGUACAAGAAGAAGAUUAGCGCACAAGCAGACGAGGCUGGCGUAGCAGCAGCUCAUUAGAUAGUUAACUCGUAUGAAAACAAGUUAGAUAAGAUAUUUCAUGAUGUGGUUGUCUACCAGCUUUUCUUGGGGACAA